UAUAUUAUAGUAGCUUUAUUUAAUUAUACAAUUCACACUUUCUUUAAAACUGGUAGCGCAAAAUAAUCGCUAAAAAAUAAUCACACAGUAUUUACAUCAAAGCUUACAAAAUGUCUGUAAAAUCAGCAAAAGAUCUACAGAAUAUUUCAAGAUUUGUUGCGAAGGACGACAAAAAUAGUAACAUGAAAGUGAGUGUCAACCCCGUUACCAUGGUAGUGACGGUAGAAUAUAAUAAUGAAAAUAAAGAGACGGAUGAUUAUGAUCUAAAUGACGACAAAGAUGCUGUGCUGCAACAUCAAAAAGUUAAAAAAAAGAAACCAAAAAAUGCUAAAGAUGUUGAUGACUACGGAAUCCGAAAAGUUUUUAAAGCUUUCAAAGAUGAUAUGAAUGCUGGUGUAUCUGCAGAUGAACUCAUGGAGGUGUUUCAUGAGAUGGGAUAUAAAAUAAAUGAUGCCGAAUGUGCUCGUUUAAAACAGUAUGCCGAUGCAGAUGGAAAUGGAAAAUUGGAUAUUCAAGAAUUUGUGAAUCUUAUUCUUUUUGUUUUUCUAAAGAUUGAAGAUACAGAGGAUGAAGUGUUAGACGCCUUUAAAAUCUUCGAUUAUGGCGACACAGGUUUUAUUCCAUCUGUUGAAAUGAGACGCGUUUUGUUUAACUUGGGAGAUAAAUUAUCGAAUAUUGAAAUGGAUUCUUUCAUACAGAAAGGAGAUUUAGAUCGAGAUGGAAAUAUUAAUUAUGGUGAGUUCACAAGAAAUAUGAUUGAAAAAAGUAAUGAGUACGAAAAAUUACAUAAACUUUAAACUUGGAUAUAAAUAAAAGAACUCAGAGAGAAAAACAAAAGAACUCAGAAUAUGACGUUGUAACUAGUUGUUGAGACCUUUAAGCUUAACGCCCACUGGACACGUUUCUGUAGUGUUAGCCUUAAUACUACGGUGUUACGACACUCCUAUAGAGUUAAAGAAGUAGGAACGGAUAUCAGUAACAGCCCUUAACCUUCUGGUGUUAAAAAUAAUUUUUUUUUAAUCUUAUCAACCUUUUAGCGCCUUUUGUACCGCUUUUUAGAUAUAUUUAUCAGACAUUCAAAUUUACAUGAUUUAACGACGUUUUCACCAAGUUUUUAUUUAGAAAAUUUAAAAAGACGUUUAACGCCCAACGUGUAUCAUAUUUUACUUAAAGCCGACGGCUCCCUA